AUGAAAGUUGGUUGGUUUCUCCACACACCUUUUCCUUCCUCAGAAAUACAUAGGACACUGCCAUCUCGAUCAGAAUUGUUGCGAUCUGUUCUUGCUGCUGAUUUGGUUGGUUUCCAUACCUAUGAUUAUGCAAGGCAUUUCGUUAGUGCUUGCACUCGUAUUCUUGGUUUAGAGGGUACACCUGAAGGAGUAGAGGAUCAAGGAAAGCUGACUCGUGUGGCUGCGUUUCCAAUUGGGAUAGACUCAGAUCGCUUCAUUCGAGCUCUAGAACUCCCUCAAGUCCAGGAGCACAUGAAAGAACUGAAAGAAAGAUUUGCUGGCAGAAAGGUAAUGUUGGGCGUUGAUCGUCUUGAUAUGAUUAAGGGGAUUCCUCAAAAGAUUUUGGCGUUUGAAAAAUUUCUAGAGGAAAAUUUGAACUGGCGUGAUAAAGUGGUCUUGCUGCAAAUUGCUGUACCGACAAGAACAGACGUUCCUGAGUAUCAAAAGCUCACAAGCCAGGUUCAUGAGAUUGUUGGACGCAUUAAUGGGAGGUUUGGAACUCUUACUGCUGUUCCAAUACAUCAUCUGGAUCGAUCUCUUGACUUUCACGCAUUAUGUGCACUAUACGCUGUUACUGAUGUAGCCCUUGUUACAUCUUUAAGGGAUGGAAUGAAUCUUGUGAGCUAUGAGUUUGUUGCUUGCCAAGCUUCCAAGAAAGGAGUUCUCAUCCUAAGUGAGUUUGCAGGUGCAGCACAGUCACUUGGUGCAGGGGCUAUAUUAGUGAACCCGUGGAAUGUCACAGAAGUAGCUGCUUCCAUAGGUUAUGCUUUAAAUAUGCCAGCUGAUGAAAGAGAAAAGCGUCACCAUCAUAACUUCAUGCAUGUAACAACUCACACGUCUCAGGAGUGGGCUGCAACCUUUGUAAGCGAACUCAAUGACACAAUUGUCGAAGCUCAACUAAGGACGAGACAAGUUCCUCCUUUACUUCCAAUCCAAGUAGCAGUUGAUCGUUAUUUGCAAUCCAGCAAUCGAUUACUUAUACUGGGAUUCAAUGCCACUUUGACUGAACCAAAGGACACCCUCGGGAGAAGGGGUGGUCAAAUUAGAGAAAUGGAACUUAAAUUGCAUCCAGAUCUCAAGGAACCCUUGAAAAAGCUUUGUGAUGACUCAAAGACAACAAUUGUUGUCCUCAGCGGAAGUGACAGAAGUGUCUUGGAUGAUAACUUCGGUGACUACAACAUGUGGCUGGCAGCAGAAAACGGGAUGUUCCUACGUCUUACAAUGGGAGAAUGGAUGACAACAAUGCCAGAAAAUUUAAAUAUGGAUUGGGUCGACAGCGUAAAGCAUGUUUUUGAGUAUUUUACUGAGAGAACGCCGCGGUCUCAUUUUGAGCUUCGUGAAACUUCACUUGUAUGGAACUACAAGUAUGCAGACAUUGAGUUUGGAAGGCUCCAAGCAAGAGAUCUGCUGCAGCAUCUGUGGACAGGCCCAAUCUCAAAUGCAUCUGUUGAUGUCGUCCAAGGUGGUCGAUCCGUGGAGGUCCGAGCAGUUGGUGUUACAAAGGGUGCAGCGAUUGAUCGUAUUUUAGGAGAAAUAGUCCAUAACAAAGGCAUGAAAGCACCAAUUGAUUAUGUCCUGUGUAUUGGGCACUUCCUACCAAAGGACGAAGAUGUCUACACAUUUUUUGAACCAGAGCUUCCUUCGGAGGCACCACCAACUGUUCCUAGACCUACGCCAGCCAAUCCUGCCAUGACAUAUGUGCCAAGGAUUUCCACAACUAAAAGUGGUUCCAGAGCAGCUCGCCUUAAGAAACAACGGUCCUUGUCAACUUUGGAAAAGAGAGCUACGGUUCAUGGAAUUGGGAAUGCUUGGAGGCCAACACUAAUGCGUGAUAAAAUGUCUCUGCAUGAAGGUUCUUCAGUGCUUGACCUCAAGGGUGACAAUUACUUCUCUUGUGCUGUUGGACGAAAGAGAUCGAGUGCACGAUAUCUCCUUGGAUCAUCGGAUGACGUUGUCACUCUCUUGAAAGCGCUGGCUGAGGAUUCAUAA